AUGUCCAGGCUCCAGAAGACUGUGCUAGCCCUUCCUCAGAGAGAAGAGGUCCAAGCAGCUGCCACUGUCCCCAUCCUCAUCCCUGGCCUGAAGCACAGAGGCUUUGACCAUCCUCUGGGCCAGGGGCUGCUCCAGCAUGGCCGGCGCCUCUGCACUCCCACCUCAGCUCCAACUUCCAAGUCACCGAAGAAGCCCAAGGUGCAGGCCACCGACAUGUUCCCCACCGACUGGAGCCCACCACCCGUCGAGUUCCUGAACCCUCGGGCACCGCAGGCCAGCAGGGGUCCCCUAGCCCAUAGGUGGGUGAGCACAGUGGGGCCUCAGGGCCCGAGGAAGCUGGACUGCUGGCAGCCUACAGACUUGGAGCAGGAUCCCCAAGACGCAGACCCCAAGGGGAACCUGGCCUCGCUGGAGGAGCUGCUGUGGAACACAGGGGUCCCGAGACAACAGACUGCUACCCCAAGGGGUGAUGCCUGCACCAAGGUCACCUCCCAGGGCUCAGGAAGCUACAUCAACAGCUUAGAUUACUUAGUGCAGGAGAAGAGGCAGCAGGCCCUGGAGCAGGAGCAAGAAGAACUGUUUCCGCAGGACUGUCCCACUUUUGACUCCUUGGAUCUCGAGAAGGAGGAUGUGCCUCUCACACCCGAGCACAGGAAGCUGGUGGAGAGGUUCUCCGUGUCUCUGCAGGUCCUCCCCUCAGUACAUCCAGGAGAGACUGUGUUUCUGCCCAGGCAUUGCCCCCUGCCUUGUGUCCUAGACUGUUCACGCCUGAAGCCACGUAACCACCUGGAAGGGCUGUUCCUCAGCUCCCCGCUGGACCGGCAGCUCUCCUUCCUGCGCAGCGGUCUCCUGAGCAACCUCUACCUGCAUGCGCCCACCUGCCCAGUGCCCUUGCUCCAGUGGCUGUUCCAGCUGCUGACGUGGCCUCCAGAAACUUCUUCAGGAGCCUUCAGUCUCCUGUGGGAUCUCAGCGUGGAUGGGCUCUUACAUCAGUCCGAUGGAGACACGCACCUGUGGUACCCCUCGCUGCCGGAGGUCAUGGAGGCGCUUCACAGCCUGGGUGCCCACAGCACCACCCUGUGCCCGCUGGGGUACUCUCAGCAUAGCGGAAGCAUGCCUAAAGGUGAAGCUAGCCUGAGUGAGCAGCAGGACGCCCCCCAGGAGACGGCCCUGGCCAUCAGCCUGAACUACAUCUAUAAGUUCCUCACACUGUGCGCCCUGGCGCAGCCGAGGGCCUACAACGACUGGAGCCUCUUGGACUUGAUUCGGCUGCUGUGCCACGCCAGCCUGGACGUGGGGCUGCGCCUGCUGCCCAAGACUGACCUCCAGCAGCUCCUACCCCUGCUCCUCGAGAACAUCCAGGAGUGGCCAGGACAGCUCCAGCAGCUAUGCCUCACCCUGAGCUGGGUGUCAGAUCACCACCACAACCUGCUGGCACUCGUGCAGCUCUUCCUGGACGUGACUCCCCGGAGCAGGCAGCUUCGAAGCCAGCUCAGCCUGGUGGUCAUCGCCCGGGUGCUGGGCCAGCAGGACACGCUCCCUCUCUGGCAGGAGAAGGCUCAGCUGUUAGUGCUCAGUCAGCUGCUGAGCUUUAUGAAGCUGUCAUCCCUCAGUCAGUACCUGGGCUCUGAGACCUCAUCGUCCUUCCAGGAGCAACAGCCAAAGGCCAGCGCCGAGACAGACCGUGAGGUCUGCUACCUGUGCCACAGCCUCCUGACACUGGCUGGGGUGGUGGUCAGCUGCCAGGACAUUACUCCUGACCAGUGGGGGGAGCUGCAGCUGCUGUGUAUGCAGUUGGACCGCCACAUCGGCACCCAUGUCCGGGAGAGCCCCCAGGCCAUGCACCGGACCAAGCUCAAGGACCUGGCCGCCCAGACCUAUGUCCGCUGGCAGGAGCUGCUGGCCCACUGCCAGCCCCAGGCCCAGUAUUUCAGCCCCUGGAAAGACAUCUAA